AUGAAUAAGAACAUAAGAAUCAAGCUAACAAAGCAUUCAUUCCACUGUAGCCUACCUCCAUCAUCAUCAACACUCUACUGUUGGUUGCACCUCUGGUAUCCCGCAGCACCCACUGGCUCUUCCAAGCAAGAGAGAACGAGCGAGAACCCCGAGCGUUCACUUCAGUAUAUCCUGAACUGUUCUUCCGAAACCUACACCUACUUCUGCGGACACCACGGCACAACCUGCUGGGGUCGUAGGGUCAUGGGCAGCCAGCCGUGUGUGGCUGCAUGUGAAUGUUUUCCUAUGAAUGAGUGCAAUUUUUCUGAUUGUGGCUCCUUAUACUCUGGACACUUUGACGAGGACGCACAUGCCGAGAGUGGUGAUGGCAAUGACGUUGCCCCCACUUCUUCAUCCACUUCUAAUGCUAGCACGAGUGGCUCUCCGGUGCCUGCUGUCUAAAGUGAUUUUUUUUCCCCGACAAUAAUGACCAGCUCCGAUGAUCCUGAGAGGGGAUACAAAUGUGAGUGACCCAUCACUGGUACUUCAAGCCUGG